AUGUCACAGACCUCACUCGAACUCGUUACUCCCAAUGGAAAUGUGUCUGAUGACGCAGUCCAAUUACAGAACCUCGAUCAACGUUUCGAGUCUCGAGCAACAGAUGCCGAGUUCUCACUGCCUCCUGUCGAUGGUGGAAGAAAGGCAUAUCUAUUCUUGGCAGCCUGUUGGGUUGUUGAAGCAGUGACGUUUGGUUUCGGGUUCUCAUUUGGCGUCUUUCAAGAGUACUACAGUCACCAUGAGCCUUUCGCGGGCUCGAACAGCAUCGCUGCUAUUGGAACCACAACAACUGGUAUGCUGUAUCUCGGAGCACCAUUCGUGGUCAUUAUUUGCCGCUUUUACCCUCGCCAAGCUCGCUGGUUUACCUACGCUGGUCUCUUCGUGGCAUCUCUAGCCAUGGUCAUGAGCUCCUUUUGCACAACUGUUCCUCAACUCAUAGCAACACAAGGAGUCCUCUUUGGGAUCGGAGGCUGCUUUGCUUACUGUCCAUGUACUCUCUAUAUCGAUGAGUGGUUCGUGCGCCGCAAGGGCUUUGCCUACGGAAUUGUCUGGAGUGCUGCUGGAGCUGGAGGCGCUGUGCUUCCUCUGAUUCUCGAAACGCUCCUCAAGAACUUUGGCUUCCAAACCACUGCUAGAAUAUGUGCGGGCAUCUUAUUUGGGGCUGCAGCGCCGAUCGCAUAUUUCAUCAAGCCUAGACUACCACUUUCGGCCACUAUCCACAGGAAGUCUCUGAAUAUGCGUUUCGUCACAUCCAGAGUGUUUCUUUUGUAUCAACUUGUCAACAUCGUCGAAGCAACAGGCUACUUCCUCCCUACGAUCUACCUGCCCACUUAUGCUCGGACAACCUUUGGUACCUCAACUAUCCUCUCAGCUUUGACCGUUAUUCUUGUCAAUAUCGCUACGACAAUUGGUCUGAUGGUAAUGGGAUCCCUUAGCGAUAAGCUUGCAGUUACGACAUGCAUGCUCAUAUCUGCAGUAGGCGUGGGUAUUUCCGUCCUACUUGUCUGGGGACUUACAGCAUCUCUCCCUGUCCUGUACGUUUUCUGCGUCAUGUACGGUCUCUUCGCGGGAUCUUGGGCCUCGAUCUGGCCAGGAAUUAUGAGAGAAGUGACGCAGAAAUUUCAGGAUCAAAACGAGCACGUUGACCCUGUCAUGGUGCAUGGACACCUCUGCGUAGGUAGAGGUGUUGGAAACAUCGUCUCCGGACCAUUGAGCGGUUCUCUUAUUCGAGGUCAACCAUGGCAGGGAAAGGUCAUAGGGGGUUAUGGAAGUGGUUAUGGCAUUCUGAUUUUGUACACUGGCCUCACAGGCUUGGUGAGCGGUAUGAGCUUUUUGUGGCGAUACGUGAAUUUUUUGUAA